AUGGUUGUGGCGAUCCGUUUAGUUCCAGUGGAUCGGCCGUUUCAACAACGGGGACAAGCUCAAACACAUAUUGUACUGUAAGUAUAAAUAUUUCAACAUAAUCUAGACAUUACAGAAGUGAAGAUUAGAUAAUGGAACAGUGAAGGUAGUUUAUUGGUGUUUGCUAAGAUUUGAAGUGAUGAUUGCAAAAUUUGCUUUUAUCUUUUACACAUGUGGUUCUAUAUUGAUUGAAAUUUGCUUUAGGUUAAUAUGGUAGAACUUCAUUAGAAAAGGAUCAUAAUCAAUUUAGCUGUACACUUUCGAGAAGAAGUACAGUCAAUGAGGGAAUCUUAAAUGAAGAGGUGUUCAAUAAGGUUCAGCUACAGUUUUAUUAUUUUCGUCUCUUUGCAAUAGUCAAAGACCGACAGGCAAGUAAGGUAUGUGUUUGAAGGGUGAAAAAUCGAAUGAGACUUUUUUUAGGUGUUAGCUUAGAUGUUCCUUUUCAAGUAUAUACCAUUGCAAAGAUACAAAAAAAUUACAGCUG